ACGCAGCCAUGCCGCGCUGUGACGCUCCGCAGCCGGGCUGCAGCUGCUGCUGCAGGCGCCUCUCCUCAUCCGUCUUCAGCGCCUGACGCACAGGGGAUGCGCCAUGAGAAACUCCCCGCGCUCCUCACCGGCACCUGGCUGCGAGAGAAGCAUGCAGAAAGCGGAGCUCAGCAGCCGCAGAUCUUGACUUCAUAGACUGUGUUUAGGAAAACAGAUAACGGGCUCCUGGCAUCUCCAAUCACUUUGAGCGGUGCUGGAGUCUGCAGAUCUCUGGAAGUAAAUGUGAGAGGAACUGGACUCUCUAACAGGUUGUUCAGAUAUUAUUCACUCUAAAAGGGGCUCUAGGAGCACAACCAAGGAUGCUAUUCCCCAGAUGGUGACUUCGAAAGGGUUGGAUGGAGAGCUGGUCGAAUGUCAGCGGGAACUAUCGUUAUAACCGGAGGCAUUCUUGCUGGGGUGAUACUGCUGUGCAUCGUAGCAGUUCUCUGUUACUGUAGACUGCAGUAUUACUGCUGUAAGAAAAAUGAGUCUGAGGCGGAUGUGGGCUCAACGGCAGGAGCAGAUCCUCUGUCUCACUUUCCCUGCAACGCGUGCAACGCCCUCGCAAUGGACGGGACCGACAUCACUCCGGUCUCCCUGGAUCAGCUGGACUCAGGUUCACAGCACAACACCUGCCCCACUUGUUCGCCAUACCCCAUCCGCUCUGGACUUGCAGACGAUGUGCGUAACGGAGGGGAGCGGCUUGGCUUCCACACCUACUAUGACACCACCUAUAACACGUCUGCCUCUCUUCCUAUACCUGUAAACCCACAGCGUUCCUCACCUUUGAGCUACUACAGCCCCACAGACGUUUUCCCUUCCCCGCCACGCCCCUAUAGCACCGACGUCUGACUCUCUGAUCACCAGUAUCCAUUUUCCACGCAAAUACCCCAACAUGGUUAACUUGUAAAUGCCUUUUAGGACGGAAAUCAGGUGAUUUAUUGAAACAUGGCACAAUUAUACCUAGAUCAUUGCACAAUCUGACUUUAGUCACAGUUACCCACAAGCUCAGCCCACUGAUAGUGCUCCUGUGUGGGCAACAAAUUCAUGCAGCAGCCUUCAAACGCUGCAGCAAGAUUAUUUCCACUUCAGUAAAUGGCACAAUUUGUGUCGUCCAAGGCUAAAUCCUGUCUUGCUAAUGUGAAAACAUUGGAGGUAUAAUCUCUGUACCAUCGCAGAUGUGGAAGCAUUCACACCUCAUGCCGAUUGAUCCCCAAAUUAAUAUUUUGGAAUAGUGAACCAGUAAAUAUUAAGCAUUAUUUUAUGGAAGUAAAUCUGUAGUAUAGGGGAAAAUUCCUUUUACCAACAAAUUAAUCAUAUUUUAGAAGCUGAUUUGUUUCUUGUGUCAUAAUGGUCUAAAUAACACUGAUCUUCCACAGAAGGGUUUUCUUCUCUGACACCACCUCAUGCUAUCCCUUAAAAAACCUCUGUCAUCUACUUUAAAGUCUCCUCUUUUACGCAAACCUGUAUCAAUAUGCUGCAGACCUAGAAUUCAAUCUAUACAGCUACAAACACAUGGGCUUCCACUGCCAAUAGGUAUAUGUGCACACCAAUUAUUGGUAGAGGUGCACAGAAAUAUCAGAUUUAUGAGAUGUAGGAUGAGGAUUUUUUUUGUGUGAAAUAAAUUGCUUUUAGAUCUAAUGUUUAUGUCAUGCUUCUUAUCCAAAACUAAAACCAAGGAAAUUCCUUUCUUUCACUUCUAGCUCUAAUGUCAAAUCUCUGUGCUGUUUUUCUGUAUCAGCAUGAAAUCUAAUCCAAACCGAGAGUAAAAAUCAGAUUAGCAGUGAAGAGCAGUUGAGGCACAUGAUUGAUCUGUCUUCAUGUGUUGUUUUAUCUCACAACAGGAUUCUCCUCCACAUCACCCCCUCAGUUUAGUUUCUGUUUGCUGUUCCUCUUCCCCUUUCUGCAUGUUAACUAAGACAAAAGGAAAAUGUGUGAACCCCAGCCUCCCUCCCCCUCCAUCUUACAGUACAUGAGGGCUACCAGUUUUCUUUGUGCAGUCGUUUGCCAGUAAUUGAAACUCCUUAAAGGAGUUGAAACAGGGAAGGUAAAGGGGAGUUUUUUAUGCAGUUUUGUGCAUCUUGCAGUUUCUACCGGUUAGUUUCAGUAAACAAGGAAAGUCUCAAGUGUUUUAAUUGUGACCUUUGUUGUGAUGAAGUGCAAGAAAACCAGGCUGUCAAAAUAGGAUGUUUGUUUCAGUGUCUGCUGUUUAAUUUGGUGCUGUCGGCCUUUUCUUGGGUAAAUACAGACAAAGAAAUAGAAAUUCCUGGGAUUUUUUUAAAAUUUGUGAUAAAAGAGCGACAAAUAAAAAAAUAUAAACUGAAAUUAUGUACCGUAUUUUAGUGAUUUUAGAGCCACGGAUGCAGUAUUAUUAUACAGUUUAUUCCUGAAUUUGUCUAUUUUUGUGAAAAGUAUCUAAUUUCCUCUUCUUCCGUUUUACUUUCUCUUCUUACUCGUGAAAUGUGUAUUCAGAGGCAACAUUUUACUGUCACAAAUUAUAUUAAGGGGGGUUUUCAGAGAUUUAGUUUCUAAUCCCAGUAGAGUACCUUGCAAAGUAUUCAUACCCCUUUACUUUUCAGCAGGCCCAAAUAUUAAAUAUUUAUCAAAUAUUUGGGGGAUUUAUGUGAUAGAUCAAUGGAAGUUAGUGUAUAUUGUGAAGUGAUUGAAAUAAUUUUAGUAUUUAAAUUGAUUUGUUUAUAUUAGAAUUAACAUCUGACAUCAGUCUGACCUACU